AUGGCACCCAAGGCCGAGAAAAAGCCCGCCGAGAAGAAGCCGGCCGCCGAGAAGGCCCCGGCGGAGAAGAAACCGAAAGCCGGGAAGAAGCUCCCAAAGGAAGGUGGCGGCGCCGCUGGCGACAAGAAAAAGAAGAGGGCGAAGAAGAGCGUCGAGACGUACAAGAUCUACAUCUUCAAGGUGCUCAAACAAGUCCACCCGGACAUCGGGAUCUCGAGCAAGGCCAUGGGCAUCAUGAACAGCUUCAUCAACGACAUCUUUGAGAAGCUCGCACAGGAGGCGUCGCGGCUUGCUCGGUACAACAAGAAGCCGACCAUCACCUCCCGGGAGAUCCAGACCGCCGUGAGGCUGGUGCUUCCAGGGGAGCUGGCCAAGCACGCCGUGUCGGAGGGGACGAAGGCUGUCACCAAAUUCACCAGCUCUUGA